GUUUGACGUCUGCAAAUCACGUAACCUCAUUUUCUUUAUUGAUUUUAUUCACCGAUUUGUAAUGUACUAACUUUAUUAAAUUUUUUAAUCAUAUACCUAUUAGGAUAUCAAGAAAAGACUUAAAAAAUGACUUUAUACCACUUUGGAAACUGCGUCGCAUUAAUAUACGUACCCUACUACUUAACCUACAAGUCAUCAGGAUUAUCCGAAUAUGGAGCUUUCUGGAAAUGCAUUCAAGCUGGUUUGAUUUAUAUGGUAACGCAGUUAGCGAAAAUGUUAAUACUAGCAACCUUUUUCCCAGAUAAUGUAUCAGAAUUAGGAAGUGAUUUAGUAGGGGAGUUUUUAAAAUCUACUGUAGACUUAGCAGAUUUGGCAGGUUUGUAUCUAGUUCUUUCUGGUAUACCAGGAAAAGGACACAGUAAAGUUCUCACAGCUGGAAUUGGCUGGGCAACUGCUGAAGUUAUACUGUCUCGAGCUUUGCUUCUUUGGGUGGGUGCCAGAGGUGCAGAAUUUGACUGGAUAUAUAUUCAGAAAUGUCUGGAAUCAAAUAUUUUACUCAUCCAACAUAUAGUAACAGCUACUUUAGUCUGGUUGUGGUCCAGACACGAUUUAAAACAGAACAUCAGAUCAGCCGUUAGUAUUUUAUUGCUGUUGACUUCUUAUAAGUCUCUGCUAUUAGAUUUGUUGAUCAGUGGUAUUGGUGCAAACGCCUGGGUUGGAUUGCUAAUGAAGGCUACAGUUACUAUCGUAUAUGGACUUUUUACUCUUGUAAUAUAUGCAGGUCUUGCUCAAGUUAUAGGAAUUUUUUAGACAAAAGUUCAUCAAUAUUUAUUUCAUUGUUAUUAAUUUUAUAUUUAUCAUGAU